AUGACGCCUGGCGCCGUUGGCUGCGCCUUGUCGCAUCGAGUCCUCUGGGAGUCCUUGGCAUCUGAGGUCAGCUUGCAGGACUGGCUGCUGGUACUUGAAGAUGACCUGCUCUGGGUGGCAUCAGACCUGGAGCAGCGGCUGGCGCAGGUGGUGCGCGAGCUCCCUUCGGAUUGGCACCUGUGCUACGUUGGUUGGCAUGGGCAAGCCGUGAUCCGCUUGGCCCUUGGGGAUGCAGGGCUCUUGAAGACUUCCGGGCCACUGGAGCCCUGGUCUGGCUGCGACCCUCUGGGCACCUUCGCCUACCUUGUCUCCAGGGCCGGGGCCCGGGAGCUCCUCCGGACUGGCUCUGCCUUCCCACUGCGCCGCCAACUCGAUGCGCAGCGACUCGGCCAAGCGGCGGGAAAAGUGGCCAGUGGUGGUGUGCCUGGGAUGGUUGAGGCGCGGCAACUCAUCGGAUUAGUUCGCUUCGAACCAGCCUAUGCACGAUCUGAUUUCCGCUGCGCUCUGCUGCACUUGAUCGUGCCCAAGUGCCUAUCGCUGUUCCGACUUGGGCUGCAGCUUGGCUGCAUUAAAAGAGGAAUUCGUGCCUCCAUACUCACCCGGACGAUGACGUCCAUGUCAUGUUUUCGCAUUUUCAAGCUCAUGUGGCCGUGCUCGCCCAGCCUCUUCUACAGCGCCCCUUGCCAGCUCCUGGACUCGGAUGUCCAAGCCAUCUGGUCUGCAGGGCACGCUUGGUUGGUGGCCGACCCUGGCAUGUGGGUGAACAGGUCGGCCGACCAUACAACGCAGCUGCGCCCAGUGAAGCUCGGGCUCCGUGCACGCGCUGAGGCAUUGAAUGCAAUCUCGGCUUUCGACAUUCCGCGCGCUGUUGGACAGGCUUUGGACAGGCUGGCUGCUCGCGCCUAUGCUUUCUCAGCUCUCAUGAAGUUCGCUCAAGCCCGGAUGGGUGGCAUCCGCCUGCCGCUCUGGCACCCUUCCGUGCCGAGUUUGGAGGCCUUGGCGCCCUUCUUCCUCGUCCGGCCCCGCAUCCACGCGGCGAUUGUUUUGGUGGAGGACGGGCGGCCAAAGGCAGCAAUUCUGCAGGAGGCCGGGUGCCUGGCCCACGCAGUAGCCGCAUUAUUGCGGGCGAUAGGACCCGGUGCCGUGCUUAUCGUGUGGUAUGGCAGUCAGGAUCCUGACUUCCUUGCCUCCCUACGAGCAGCUGCCGGGCUCCCUUCUGGAGCCCUGCUGUGCAGGCCUUUGCCAGCUGCUGAGGUGGGAGUCCCAGGUGCUGACGCGAUGUGCCACAAGGCCUCGCUCUGGACCAACUUCCGGUCGCUGCUGGCGCUGUUGGGCCUCUGCACGGAAGAGCUCUUCCUCAUCGGAGGCAGCGACCUGGAGGCAGUCCGUGGCUCCGUUGAAGCGUUUCCGCGGGACCUUCCAGCUCUGAGUGAGCACUGUGUGGCGGCCUUGCCUCCCUGCCGCAGUAUGCACUUGGACGAGGAGGCGCUCGCUGCCGCCUUUCAGGAGAUCAAGAGAGACCCCUCCGCCAGCUACGUCGGCCUCGAGCAUACGGCGCUUGCGGAGCCGUUCGACCCCCACAUCAUCCUUUUUCGUCGCAGGGCUUGGGCCAGGCUCGCAACCUGGGUGCGGGAAAUGUUCCGUCUCGCGGCUCGACUGCGUGCGGUGGCAAGGGGAGGCAAUGGACAAGCAGAGGGUGCUCGAGCCGUGGCAGCCGCACGGUGUGUCCUUGGCCUGGCAGGGCUUCCGCCCCGACUGGUGGCUCCCAACAGGGGUGCCGACUCCUUCGAGCGUUGUGACUGA